AUGGCCACCACUACAAGCCAUAACCCGGCCACCAGGCCUAGCGUCGCCUCCGUUCUUCCUCCCCUCUUCCUAGGCACAGCAACCUUCAACACCCAACAUGUCAAGGACCCUCUUCAGAUGCCAUACAGACAAAUUGUCUCAAGGGCACUGGAGUUGGGAGUGAACGGUUUCGACACAUCACCAUACUACGGCCCUUCCGAAGUCCUGCUCGGUGAUGCGCUGGCCGCUCACACGGCAGCCACGAACAUCCCCAGAGAGUCCUAUGUGCUAGUCACCAAGGCUGGCCGCAUCGCCGGCAAUGAGUUCGACUACUCCCCGGCAUACGUGCGGUACUCUGUCCUCCGCUCCCUCAACCGCCUCAACACGACCUACCUCGAUCUCGUGUACAUGCACGACGUCGAGUUCGUCUCUCCGUCAGAAGUUCUCGCCGCUGUCCAGACAUUACGACAGCUCCGCGACGAGGGCAAGAUUCGCUUCGUCGGAAUCAGCGGUUUCCCAGUCCACGUCCUCUGCAGCCUCGCAGAGAUGAUCCUCGCCGAGACCGGUGAGCCUCUGGAUGCCAUCCUCAGCUACGGCCACUUCACCAUCCAGAACCCCACGCUCGGCUUGUCCGAAGUCGUGUCCGGACCCAACCACACCGACGACCAGAGCCCUCUGAGAAGGUUCCGCAACGCCGGCGUGCAAGUCGUUCUCAACGCCAGCAUGCUCGGCAUGGGUCUGCUUACUCACACCGGCAUUCCCACCAACUCGGAACAGUCAGAAGGCAAGGCGGGUGUCAUCGCAAAAUGGCACCCGGCUCCCGAUCAACUGCGAAGUGCGUGCAAGAAGCUCUCCGAGUUUGCGGAUGAAGCUGGCGAGCGGCUGGAGACGAUCGCUCUUCAUUGGUCGAUGGAGGAGUACGCCCGCGUUGGCGCCUUGGCUGGACUUGGCGUUCAAUUGCCUGGUCAGGGGGAUCUGCGCGUGGGUGGCAGUGUCAUGGGUGUGACAAACGUUUCUGAGCUUGAGCAAACGGUGCUUGCGUGGAGCAAGGUGCUUGAGGGGAUGGGGGCUAGCACUGAGGCUGGCUCGGCCGAGAACUAUGAGAAGUUGAAGGCGUUGGUUGAGCAGAAGAUGUGGCCGGCGCUCGGUGAGUGGAAAGGAUACAGCUGGGCCAGUCCUGAUGAGGGUUUCCAGAAUGAGAGAAGUGCGGACAUGAUGGGCGUGAUACCCGAGGAGGAUGAGCUCAUGAAGAUUGUUACUAGAAUUUCCAGCAACUUGUAA